AUGUCGAAUUCAUCCCUCAACCCUCCAAAAGAGGUUGUCAUCGUCGGCGGUUCCUUGUCCGCCCUCAUGCAUGGAAUAAUGUUCCACCGUAUGGGAAGCGCCGUGCGUAUUCUAGAGCGCUCUUCAGCCAACACUCCCGAAUCCCAUCUGGCCGGUGUCGGAUUAGGCCCAGACGCGCUCCACCUUCUGGAACGAUUUGACCGAAUGCGUGACAUCCCACUCGGUAUUCCCUCCGUACAGCUGCAGUCCCUUGAUAGAAAUGGGCAUCCGCGUCCUUUUUUAAAAGCUCGCCGCGUGCUUUCUUCCUGGGAUGCGCUCUACUUUCGCCUCAGGGCAAACUUCGACAUGCUCGCCAGCGACUAUGUGCCUCCGCUCAAUCCAUCCGCGCUCGACGGUGAAGAUUUGGAAAAUGCCACGAUGAGGGCCAAGUACGAAGUUGGCAAGCAAGUUUUCAACGUCAAGGAACUCGCAAGUGGGCAGCUUUCGGUCCACUACAGGGAUCUUCUAAACGGUGGUCGCGAGGAACAGGUCGUGGCCGACAUGGUCAUCGGUGCAGAUGGCCCGAAUUCUCUGAUAAGGAAGUUAUUUACUGGGCCGGACGCGUCUGAGAGGAAGUACGCGGGAUACAUCGCAUGGCGUGGAGUUGUCGCAGAAGAUCAAGUGAGCGAAAGAACUCGUGAGAUCUUCAGCGAGAACAUUACCUAUUCCAUACUUGAGAAAAAAGCAGGACAUGUCAUCGUUUACAAUAUUCCCGGAAGAUGUGGGUCGGUUGAGCCAGGGAAACGCAUGCUGAACUUUUGCUGGUACACAAAUUUAUCGCCUAAUGUGUUGGAAACCACCAUGACCGACAUUAAGGGCACAGUACAUCAUACCAAACUUGCACCAGGACAAGUCCGACCUGAAGUAUGGUUCAAGCUGAGAGACUACGCCCGUGCCACUCUUACUGCUCCCUAUGUCGAGGUCAUAGACAAAAUAUCGUCACCUUUCGUUCAUUCAAUCACGGACUACAUCUCGAAUCGGGCGCAAUUCUUGGGCGGGAGAGUCUUGCUGGUUGGUGAUGCCUCGGCGCUUUUGCGUCCGCACAUCGCCUUCUCCACCAACCAAGCGGCAUACCAGGCACUUCGGACCAAGAAAUUGAUAAAGGGGGAGAUCACUGCUGAUCAAUGGCAAUACCAAGUAACCAAAGCUGCGUAUUUACAUUGGCGUCGAAGUAUAUGGUUCGGGGAGUUCUUUCAGCGGCCUCUCUACAUCUCCAUAUGCUCUGCUAUACGGUACUUGAUCGCUCUAGCUUCAGCAAGGUUUGCAGUCUGGGCAGGGUGGCUUCCAGAAGAGGCUCUGUGUGUAUAG